GGAUUGUUGCACUACAAAAGUAAAAUAAUAAAAUUUACAAUAGAUAGAAACAAAGUUGAAAAUCAAAUCAUAUGCUUUGGGUGCAAAUUUCAUUCCAUUCCAUAGCUGCAUAGCUGCAACACUUAAACCAGGAGCCAAAAUGAUUAAAAGGUGUCACACAUAAUCACACAUUCCAUCCUUUUAAGAGCCAUUAAUUUAGACAGCAUUUAAAAUCCAUGCCACAUUAUGAUCCUAUUUGACAAAACUAAUAUAAAUUGAAAAAGGGUCAAAUUUCAUGCCAUCUCUCUGACAUAAUCUACACAAAAAUUCAAACUCAAACAACACAUUUCCAUUUUUUCUUUUUUAACAUCAAAUGCUAUGCUCAACUUUACACACAAAAGCAUGAUAUUCUUCUCUCUUUAUAUUUUGAGUGUGUAUAAGUAAAAUGAGUUCAAAUACUGUUUUUCUUUUUUCAUUUUUACAAUAACCCAAAACCACCCUAUUUAUUCCCCAUAUUCCCAUAUAUAUAGCACCCUACACAACCACACAUUCACACCCUUAACCAAAGCUUCUACUACACCACUUCUAUUUUUCCUCUUAAGCCCUUUACAAUGAACAGCCUCAAAAAAUCACCAUGUUUUCCCUUUAUACCAAUCCUAUUCCAUGAUUUUUGCACUGAUCCUUUUAGCUACACAUCUCAAUUAUUUCAUUGAAACCCCAAAUUUCAAAUCAACAACACAACAAGAAGGGAAAAAACAUCUCCAUUUCCAAAACCAUAUCCAAUUAGUAGCACAUUCAAAAUGCAAAGGAACACUCUACCCUGAUCUCUGUGUCUCAACCUUAUCCACAUUCCCAAACCUUGAAACAAAAACAAUGCCACAAAUAAUCUCCAAAGUAGUCAACCACACAGUCCAUGAAGUCAAAUCUUCAUCCAACAACUGCACCACCAUAAUCAAGAAUCUCCAAAACACUCUCAACACAAUUGAGAAAAGAGCCUUAGAUGAUUGUCUCAAACUCUUUGAUGACACCAUAGUAGAACUCAACACCACCAUUCUUGAUCUCUCAAAAAAUCCAUCAUCAUCAUCAUCAUCAUCUUCCAACCAAGAUUUGCAAACUCUACUAAGUGGGGCAAUGACAAAUUUGUACACUUGUCUUGAUGGUUUCUCACAAAGCAAAAAUGGGAAUGCUGUGAGAGGGUUGAUAGAGGAGAAAGUGAUUGAGAUAUCACAUCAUGUUAGUAACUCAUUGGCAAUGUUGAAGAAAGUGAAGACAAGUUUGAAGAAAGAAGAAGUGUCUGCUGAAUAUGGAACAAUGAAGAAAGGGUUCCCUUCAUGGGUUUCUGCUAAGGAUAGGAAGCUUCUAGAAGGUGGAAAUGUGAAUGAAACUAAGAUUGAUGUUGUUGUGGCUAAAGAUGGUUCUGGAAAUUUUACUACUAUUGGUGAAGCUGUAGCUGUGGCUCCUAAUUCCACCACAACCAGCAACCAUGGAAGCUACAUCUACACACCGAAGAAAAAGAGAAGAAGAAGCACACCUAAAGACCAUCACAAUGAUGGCAAGAAAACAUAAAAAAUGUAGUGGCUGAGAAUCUUAUCACUUGUAGUAAGAUUUUGUGAUGAGAUCUUAGCUUCUCCAUACCAAAAAUGGAAGAAGGAGAUUCGGCCAGCAAGGAGAAAAUCUUGGAGGGAUGGCUUGUCUCUGAUUCUGCUCAACCACUACAGGAAGUAG